CGAGGUUGGGCCAUGCAGCCGAAGAUAAGCCAUACAGCCGAAGCCUUUUGCUGAUUAUUGACAUAGACACAGACAUAGAAUUAACUCGAAAUGGCAUACUUGCCAUGCUUUGGACUGCACGGCCAGGACCUGCCGCAAAACAAUGAGGUGCGGGAAUCACACUGACUAAGACAAAACAAGAUGGCUGAAGAAAAGUCUUUAGAAAAUGUUGACCAGAAUGCCAACUUAGUUGGAAGAAAGUCUGACCUUAUUGGAGUAAAGCGACAGAUCAAGAUAGAUGGAAGAAAUAUUUUAUUUGUUCACAAAAAGGGGAAAUUCUUUGCUUUAGAUAGUAAAUGUUACCACAGUGGUGGUCCUCUCCACAAAGGUGACAUAGAGGAUGUUCCAAACUUUAGUAGCUGUAUUGUUUGUCCUUGGCACAGAUACAAGAUUUGUCUGCAAACUGGGGAGAGCGUAUAUCAGGAAGCAUACCCUCAUCAGCCAGUAAAACGUGGUCCAUGGAAGUCAACUGGUGUCAAACAAAGGACUCAUUGUGUCAUAGAGCGUGAGGGCAAUAUAUAUGUACAACUGUCUGACCUCACUCAGGAAAUGCCCUCUGAUCAUUAUAACAAAGAAAGGCCUCCGAGGGAAGAAGGGGUACCCAAUGUACACCUCAAAGAUUGGUAGCUGUUGUAAUCAAAUGUCAACUCAUCCGAUAAAGAAAGACAAAACAGCUGUAAAAGUCAACUCAACUGAUGAAGACAUAUUACAAUCAACUCACCUGACAAAACAGUGGCCUGAGUUGAAAUCAUAUGAACUGUGAAUUGAUUGAAUGGAUUCAUGACCACUUGUCAGUGCAAUCAUUAUUUGGCUGUUGCUUCCAAAGUUCACAAACAAAUGGCAGAGAACCAUUCCCCUUUGAUGUAUAUUCACGUAUAACCAACUAUAGCAGUAUAGGUGUAACUCGGGAAUUUCCUGAGUCACUGAAGAUGCAAUCUCAUUUAAUGUAUACUAGACAGAUGUAUGUAUAAACACAAAGUUUAAGAAGAUAAUCAAGGUGCUAUAUGAUAUUGUUGUCAGAUACUUCUUGUAUGUAGUAAUAAUUUUAAGACUUACAGGGUAAUGCUUAACUGUUGUAAUCGUUGGUGCUUUUACUGUUAUGAUGAAAGGAAAUUCUUCUUUGUUUUUAUGACAACAAUGAUUGGGGCAUUUGCUCCAUAGAGGUUAUUUAAUGUGAGGUUUUUGAUACAGGGUAUAUC